UUUACAAGUAAGUGAAGAAGUGAAGAGUGAGUGAUAUCCGGAAUAGGGCCAUUUUUGGGAAGUUCACUCAGCUUCCAAAUCUUCUCUUCGAUCCACAUUUCCCUUUUUUUAAGUAGAUUUUUCAGUCUUUGGAUUCAAAUUUCUUGAGUUCAUACAUAUAAAUCUAGUACUGUCUCUGUGUGUGUGUGUGUGUGAUUUGUGAGAGAGACUUGUGUUGUUUAUUCCAGGUGAGGAGGAGGAAGUGAAGAUGUUUACAGAAGGACUUGACGACCAUGCCGUGAAGUGGGUUAGAGAGGGUUCUGGUAAUCAUAGGGCUGAAGUCCCUUUAUCAGUCACAAACCAAAGGCCCAAAAUAGAUCCUCUCUCGAGUAUAAGAAAUGGAGGCAGGGGUGUUGGGUUGCCCCCACCGGCUUUCCGGAGUGCUCAACUAUCUGGAGUCAUUCCAACUUCCAGAGUUAUCCCUGGGGAUAUAGAUGACAGUGGGUCAGCUUCUGAUAAUGACAUGAGUACGGAUUCGGAAGAGGAGAUCUAUGGUGGAAGAUAUUCCCUUGACUCAUCACCACAGGAUGAUAGAGUUCCCAGAAGUACCACGGCUCCAAAGUAUUACAAUCCUGUGUCAAGGCGUGCCCCUCAGUAUGCCAGUGAUGCCCUCUAUUCGGAUGAUCUUACUUCAUCAAGAGAUUCCCUAGGGAGAGGGCAGGGAUAUGUGGCUGAUAGAUUGAUGAGGGGUGCUAAUAGAUAUUCUGUUGGAAAUGGUCUUUAUACAGAGGAUGAAUCUUCUGAUUCUGCUGCAAGCUCCGAAUUCUCCACCACUCAAUUAGGGAGCAAUAAUGGGACUGUCCCACCCACUAGGACUUAUGUGUCACAAGGCUACGGGUCCAGUGCUUCUUCAAAAGUGAAGAUGGAUGGUACGAGACAGAAGAAUGUAACUUCUAGGAAUUUGGAGAAGCAAAGGUUCUCCAAUGAAGAUGUUCCAAGUGCACCUCCGUUUUGUGGAUCUGGUGGGGAAAUUAAGAUAGACAGGGAAACAAGUCCUGUGUCAAAAAUGGAGUUCCUGUCCUCCAUGAAAGCUGAGAAAGAUAACUUGGGAAGGUCUCCAGGAAUUAGUCAACAGGAUAAUGUUCCGAAAUACACUCGUGACUCGACUGUGAGGACUGCUGCUGCUGUGGAAAGUGCCAUCCCCUCAAGCACUUAUCCAACUCGCGUUCCCAAUUUUCAUGCUAUUGCACUAGGACCAUGGCACGCUGUGAUUGCUUAUGACGCAUGUGUUCGACUUUGCCUGCAUGCCUGGGCUAGGGGGUGCAUGGAAGCUCCCAUGUUUUUGGAGAAUGAAUGUGCUUUGCUACGAAAUGCCUUCAAUUUGCAGCAAGUGCUAUUACAAUCAGAGGAGGAAUUAAUGUCAAGGCGGUCUUCUGAGCUUCCUACAGAAGGUUCUGCUGCUAAACCUAAAAAAAUGGUUGGGAAGAUGAAAGUGCAAGUAAGGAAGGUGAAAUUAGGUCUCGACCCACCUAGGGGCUGCAGUUUUGCAUUGGUGAAAGUACCAAAAUUAAGGAUUGAAUCUGUCCGCUUUCACAGUUCCAAACUGCAGUCGGCUGUUUCCUCUGGUUGGCGAGCAGUGCGGAAAGUCCGUUUUGCACCUCGUGUAUCAAAUGGUUCUUUUUCACGCCAGAGCUUGGCAUAUGUUCAGGCUGGCACUCAAUACAUAAAACAAGUUUCUGGACUACUGAAAGUUGGUGUGGCAACAUUGCGCAGUAGUUCAUCACCCUAUGAAGUACAAGAAGCAUACUCCUGUUUACUGCGACUCAAGAGUUCCAGUGAAGAAGAUGCUAUUAGAAUGCAGCCGGGAUCUAGUGAAACCCAUAUGUUUUUUCCUGAUGGCCUAGGAGACGAUCUAAUUGUUGAAGUCCAGGAUUCCAAGGGGAAGCAAUGUGGUCGAGUCCUUGCUCAAGUAGCUACUAUUGCAGAGGAUCCUGGUGAAAAGCUAAGAUGGUGGUCUAUUUAUCAUGAGCCAGAGCAUGAGCUGGUUGGGAGAGUGCAACUCUAUAUUAAUUAUUCAACGGGUAUUGAUGAAAAUAGUCACCUUAAGUGUGGCUCUGUGGCAGAAACUGUGGCUUAUGACCUGGUGUUGGAAGUUGCUAUGAAGAUUGAGCAUUUUCAGCAAAGAAAUUUGGUGCUGCAUGGUCCAUGGAAGUGGUUACUGACCGAAUUUGCUUCAUAUUUUGGGGUUUCUGAUGCAUACACAAAACUUAGAUAUCUUUCUUAUGUGAUGGAUGUGGCCACACCUACUGCUGACUGUCUUAAACUGGUGCAUGAUCUGCUUUACCCUGUCCUGAUGAAGGGCCAUAGCAAAACCUCAUUGAGUCGCCAGGAGAAUCGUAUUUUAGGGGAAAUUGAGGAUCAGCUUGAACAGAUUUUUGCCCUUGUUUUCCAAAAUUACAAAUCCUUGGAUGAAUCGUUACCUUCGGGAAUUAUGGACACUUUUCGACCUGCUACUGGGCAUGCAGCACCUGUGUUGAAGCCAGCUGUUGAACUCUACAAACUUUGUCACGAUAUACUAUCUCCAGAGGCACAGAAUAAGCUCUACAGUUACUUCCAGGCCGCUUCAAAAAAGCGAUCAAGGAGGCACUUGACUGAGACUGAUGAAUAUGUUAGUGGCAACAAUGAAGGCAUAUUGAUGGAUUCUCUAACUAUUUCUACUGCAUAUCAAAAGAUGAAAACUCUAUGCUUGAAUGUCAAGAAUGAAAUUUUUACCGAUAUAGAGAUCCACAAUCAAGAUAUACUUCCCAGUUUUAUAGACCUGCCGAACCUUUCUUCAGCUAUAUAUAGUGCAGAACUGUGCAGUAGGUUGCGUGCUUUCCUUAUUGCAUGCCCUCCAACAGGUCCUUCACCUCCUGUAACAGAACUUGUGAUAGCAACUGCAGAUUUUCAGAGGGAUCUUUCGAGCUGGAAUAUCAAACCUGUUAAAGGAGGAGUUGAUGCAAAGGAGUUGUUUCAUUUGUACAUUGUUCUGUGGAUACAAGAUAAACGCCUCUCUCUACUUGAAUCAUGCAAAUUAGACAAGGUGAAAUGGUCUGGGGUUAGGACCCAGCAUUCAACAACCCCAUUUAUUGAUGACAUGUAUGAUCGCCUCAAAGAGACAUUAAAUGAUUAUGAGAUCAUCAUUUGUCGCUGGCCAGAGUACACAUUUGUGUUGGAGAAUGCUGUUGCCGAUGUUGAGAAGGCAAUUGUUGACGCUCUUGAGAAGCAAUAUGCCGAUGUUUUGGCUCCAUUAAAGGAAAACCUGGCACCUAAAAGAUUUGGUCUCAAGUAUGUGCAGAAGCUUGCCAGAAGAAAUGUUUCUGCAUACGUGGUACCUGAUGAGCUUGGCAUUCUUUUAAACUCAAUGAAGAGAAUGCUUGAUGUUCUGCGUCCCAAGAUAGAGCAGCAACUGAAGUCUUGGGGCUCAUGCAUCCCUGAUGGUGGAAACACAGCCCCUGGAGAGCGUUUAAGUGAGGUGACUGUAAUGCUUAGGUCGAAGUUCAGAAACUAUGUGCAAGCAGUUGUUGAGAAACUAGUGGAAAAUACAAAGUUACAGGGGAGUACAAAGCUCAAAAAGAUUUUGCUGGAUUCCAAGGACACUGUGAUAGAAUCAGAUGUCAGGAGCAGGAUGCAACCUCUUAAGGACCUUCUGGCCAGCUCAAUUAAUCAUAUGCAUUCCAUCUUUGAGUCUCAUGUUUUCAUCGCAUGUUGUCGAGGCUACUGGGAUAAAAUGGGACAGGAUAUUUUAAGCUUCUUGGAGAGCAGGAAAGAGAAUAGGGCAUGGUACAGGGGAUCUCGGAUUGCUGUGUCGGUUUUGGAUGAUAUUUUUGCAUCACAAAUGCAGCAGCUUCUUGGGAAUUCCCUACAAGACAAGGACUUGGAGCCUCCUCGAUCUAUAGUUGAAGUGCGCUCAAUGCUUUGUAGAGAUGCUGCAAGUAAUAAGGGGGGCAACUCAUUCUACUUCUAGAGGUAGCAAGGAAAGAUGAGUUGCUAGGGCUGGAAAAUGCUUCAAAUGGCACAGAAGAGAGCCCUGGCAGAAUGUUCUCGGGGAUGAACUUUUUAUCGCUUUGAGCCUUUCAUUGGACAAGCUAAGCAAGUUGCCUACUCAAGCAGGCAAUCCUGCUCAUCCAGAUUCAGCGAUAUUCCUGAAGGAUUACAGUUUAGGUAUUUGCGGUUCAGUUGCAAAUGUAGAGUUGUUUAAAAGGAUCUCCCAAUCUUAAAGCUUUUGAGAUGUGCUUACUGGCCAUUUUGUUUUUGUAUACAUAUCGAACCUUCUUACUACAUACGUAUAUAACAUGUCAUAUUUAAUGCAAUUCAGGACACAGGCAGAUACAUUGACAAAUAGUGUACUUACAAGUAUAUUCAAAUUGGCCUCUUGAUUGCUGCUAA